AUGAAGUUUGGGAGAGCCGAUACGGAGUUCAUGAAAUGGAGGUGGAAGCCUGAUGCUUGUUGUGAGUUGCCCUUGUUUGAUGCAACUCAGUUCUUGGAGCUUGUUAGAGGCAAGUCAUUGGCUUUCCUUGGUGACUCUCUGGAAAAAAAUCAAAUGCAGUCAUUGCUUUGCCUCUUCGCCAGUGUGACUUAUACUGAGGACAUUUCUCACAAAUAUUCCUCAAACACAGAUUACUUCAAGCGCUAUGUCUACCAUGAUUACAAUUUCACCAUAGCAACUCUCUGGUCCCCCUACUUGGUUAAAUCUAGAGACGCAGACCCCAGUGGAAAUGACAUUAACAGCAUCAUGAGCCUCUAUUUAGAUGAGCUGGACGAGGCAUGCAUGGCUAACUCGGGUCGUACAAUUCGACUAUGUGAUCGUCUCAGCAGGACAAUGGUUCUUCCGGACACUGACAUACCACGAACAUGA